CUCGGUUAUCAUCGUGUGUCGCGUGGCCUCUAAUACGCGAUUACGACAUACCACCCGACGACGGCACUUUGCUUUUGCCCCAUGGCGAUCUGCGUCUUUAACGACUGCGGCCAGCCCGCGCUCGACGGCUCGGACAAGUGUCAUUUCCACCGCAACAGGACUAAGUGCAGCGUGCCCGAGUGCACCAACCAGGUGUACGCGCGGCACCUCUGCAUCCGGCACGGUGGCAAGCGCACGUGCCAGUACCCCGACUGUGUCACGAACGCCCGCGCCGGCGACCUUUGCGCCAAGCACGGCGGCGCCAAACACAAGCCGCUCUGCUCGAUCGAAGGCUGCGCCAAGAAGGCGUACGGACGCAACCGCUGCAUUGCCCACGGCGGCGGCAAACAGUGUUUGGCCCCGCAGUGCCGGACCCGCGCGCGCGUGAGCGGCUACUGCUGGCGUCACCGCCACAAGACAUCGGCGCCAACGGACGACCCGCUGCUUUCGAUCGUGGAUGCGUGGAUGAACGAAGAUACGCAGCACGAAGACGCGAGCGGCCCGACGCCGUACUACCCCGCGCCGAGUCCUCGCAAUUCAUGACAGACGACGCACAAGUAAUUUAUCGCUGUUGGACGCUUUUUCA